CGCCGAAAGCCAGCUGCUGCUGCCACCGGUCCGGGCCGGGCCGGGCCUGGUGGAGUGACUGAGCCGGGUCCGUGCUUCAGUUUCGGUCGAAAUCCACAGGCGAGCGGUUGUCCACACCGGCUCUGGUUCGCGGCAGACAAGCAGACAAGGCAGACGACAAGUUACGACUUCAGAAGUGGCAGCAGCACCAGCAACAACAGUAACAGUAAAUUACACACUCGCGAUAUUAACAGUAAUCGAGUGGCAGAGACGAAAGCCCAGUUUGGUGCCCCAACAAUCAUUGAAAGUUGACUCGAAAGAAAACGCGCGUGUGAUAUAUAGUAUUUUUUUUGUUGUUGUGCCCCACAAAGUGAGCAGUGUGUGCGCGCGCGGGGGAGAGCAGGCAGCAGGCAGCAGAAGCAGGGAGCAGGGAACAGGGAGCAGGGCGAGCAGACACACACAUGACCACAAUGCCACCGGAAAUGUCCGCAGCAACGGCAGCUCCCGUUGGCACAGCACCCAGUCCGGCCAUUGCCGUCGGCGGCGGCAUGCCGCGCGAUUCACCGCCCGGAGGUGGCGCCGUGGCCAUAGCCACCACUAGCCCCAAUGCCACCAGCACCACCACCACGCAGGCGACGCGCUCCCGCUUCAUGAUCACGGACAUUCUGGCUGGGAGUGCGGCUGCCGCGGCUGCUGCAGCGGCGGCGGCGGCAGCUGCGAUGGCAGCGGCCUCCUCGGGGCACGACACCGAUUGCUACGGCAGGGAGAGGGAGCGGGAGCGGGACCGGGACCGGGAGCGAGAGCAGGCUGCUGCCGCGGUGGCCGCCCAUCAUCAUCACCAGCAGCAGCAGCAACAGCAUCAGCAAGCCGCCCUCCAGCAGUACAUCGUGCAACAGCAGCAGCUCCUGCGCUUCGAGCGGGAAAGGGAACGGGAGCGGGAGAGGGAGCGGGAGCGAGAACACUUCAGGGAGCGCCACUCCCCGCCAGCGAAUCCCGCACUGGGCUACCACCAUCAGAUGGCGCCCCAUCUGCUGGCCCACUUUCCGCCCUCCCACUACGCCGUGCUCCAACAGCAGCAACAGCAACAGCAGCAGCAGCAACAUCCGCAUCCGCACCACCUCCAGCAGCAGCUAGAGCGGGAACGACUGGAGGCCCUGCACCGGCAUGGAGUGGCAGUGGGGGCGGGAGUCCAUCUGGAGCCCCAUCACAAUCAGCAUCUCCACCAUGCGGCUCAUCCCCAUCACGAUGAGCGAUCACGGUCCCCGUUGAUGUUGCAACAAAUUGGAAACAACAACAACAAUAACAACAGCAGCUCCACCACCAACAACAACAACAACAAUAGUUCUAACAGCAACAACAACAACAACAAUAAUAAUAAUAAUAAUGGGAGUGGAAGCGGAAUGAUGCUUGGAGGAGCGGGAAGCAGCAUCAGCGGCGACCAGGCCAGCACCAUCGACGACAGCGAUAGCGACGAUUGUGGUGGCAAAGACGAUGAUGGGGAGGACAGCCUGAAGAACGGCAGCUCCGCCAACGGCGACUCCUCGUCCCACCUGAGCCUCAGUCUGAGCAAGAAGCAGCGCAAGGCACGCACCGCCUUCACAGACCACCAGCUGCAGACGCUGGAGAAGUCCUUCGAGCGGCAGAAAUACCUCAGCGUCCAGGACCGCAUGGAGCUGGCCAACAAACUGGAGCUUAGCGACUGCCAGGUGAAAACCUGGUAUCAGAAUCGCAGAACCAAGUGGAAGCGCCAGACGGCCGUGGGCCUGGAACUGCUGGCGGAGGCUGGCAACUACGCGGCCUUCCAGCGGCUGUAUGGAGGCGCCACGCCCUAUCUGAGUGCCUGGCCAUAUGCGGCGGCCGCUGCCGCCCAGUCCCCGCACGGCGCCCCACCCUCGGCCAUCGAUAUCUACUACCGCCAGGCGGCGGCCGCCGCCGCCCUGCAGAAGCCCACAAUGCCCGCCUCCUACCGCAUGUACCCCACCAGCAUGCCGCCGGGCAUGUCGCUGCCCGGGAUGCCCCCGCCGCCCCCCGGCGCUGCUCCCAUGCUGAGCGGCUACUACGCGGCCGCAGCGGCAGCAGCGGCCACUGUUCAGCCGGCGCCGCAGCAGCUGAUACCGCCGCGCGACCGCUCGCCGGCCACCAGCCAGAGCGCCAACAGCGAGGCGGACUGCGAGCGGGGCAGCAGCAGCAGUCGCCAGCGCCUGCUCACGCCCAGCCCGCCCCUCAAUCCGGGCAGUCCGCCCCGCCGCGACCGGGAGCGGGAGCGGAUGAACGAGGUCGAGGAUCUCCCGGGGGGAGCCCCCCUCAAGCUGCUGCGAUGCUCUCCCCUUCCCGCCGACGAGGAGCACAGGCACAGGAGCGGCGCCGAGCAGGAGCGGGAGCACGACGAGAACGACGAGGACGACGAAGAACUGGCCCUGGAGGUCUGAUGAGCUAGCCAAGGGCUCCUCUCUAAGCUGGAUCUCACAAACUGUCUAAACAUCAUGGGGGAUAUCUAUAGUAAGACCUACGAAAUGUUACGGAAUGUUUUGUUUUCUUUUUUUUUUUUUGGUUCGGAACGAGAUGGUCUUUAAAUUUGUUUCAAUGGAGUGUUAAAAUGUUCAUAAAAUACUAAAAAAUAUAUCUACAGAGGAAUCCAGAGAGGAAUGGGAGUAUCUUUGUCGAUUUUUGUUGGUAUUUGCUUGAAAUUCAAGGAUAUAAAAACUGUCGAUUCUUUGACUCCAAACAGAAAUCGAUUGAAGAGUUUUCAGUAUUAACCGAUUUCCCGAUCUGCCGAUUUCGUCUAUCUUUUGGAACAGCCCCAGUAAUUGUGAAGAGAAAACAGAAUACUUUUUUUUUACAUAUAUAUUGUAUACUUAAAUUAACUUAGACUAGUGAAAAUGUUGUAAAUUUUUGUAAAUGAUUUUUGUACAUACGAAGCAGACCAACAACAGCGCAGCGGCAGCAGCAGCAGCAACAAAAAAAAAGAAAAUUUUUUUUUUUCCAAACAAUAAUUUUUUAAAACUUUUUUUGUGCCUAGUCUUAAGACGUCUAUUGUGUGUUGUAAUAAUAAAGCAAAGAAAA